AUGCCUCCAUCGACAACCUCCUCGGCCGGAAGCGCUGCAACCACCACCAGUGGCAGUGGGGGCGGUGGAGGUGGUUCAAAUGCGACUAGCUCACCUCUCCUCUUCUUCGUUGCGCUCGGAUUUGGUGUCGUCUUCACUAAUCUAUGGAUUAUUGUCGGGGUCAAGUACUGCUUCCGCUACAAUCAACGGAAUCGUCAGCUGCGCAGCGAGGAAACAGGAGAGCCGAUCGACCUAGUGGCCAUGCCCCGAGCUCAUCGUAGGCGACGAGAAAAGAAGCUGAUGACGAUGGACGAAGUCAAUGAGCGAUUUCCACUUUUGAAAUACAAAGUAUGGAGGUCAUCGCGUGCCAAUCAAGGUCUACCAACAGAAGGUGGCAUUACUGCCCCCAACAGCAGGCCCCAGAGUCUCAAAGAUAAUAGUGCCGUCGUCUCUGCACCGGUCGUUAUUUCCAUGAAUACAAGGUUACCCUCCCCCAAGCAAGGACAGAUGGGUUUCAAUAACAUCAAUGCCCAACACCCUGACUCCGCUUCCGAAAUAUGUGGUUUUCCAACGGAAGAGAAGGCUUCCGCGGCAACGGAAGAUGUCUCGACGAAAGGUGAUGCAAAUGCUGCAGAAGAGAAAUGGCAGCAUUCAUUGGUCAACGAAACGAUUGACCUUGAAGAAGACGAAGAGGAAGAUGACGAGGAAGGCGAUCAUAUUCAGAAAUCCGUCCCCGCAGAAUUGCUUCCUAAUCCCGGCGAUUCUUGCGCAAUAUGCCUUGACACCAUAGAGGACGACGACGACAUAAGAGGACUCACUUGUGGACAUGCCUUCCAUGCAUCAUGCGUCGACCCGUGGCUGACCAGUCGGAGGGCCUGCUGUCCUCUUUGUAAGGCUGAUUAUUAUGUCCCCAAACCUCGUUCACAAGCAGCCGAAAUGGCAUCUGUCUCUGACCGCCAGGGACGUCGCGCUGCCUUAAGCCGUUCAGACAUUAUCGCCAGACCCUCUCGCGCUGCCCACUCCGGGGGCCAAGCUCAUCCAUUCAGAGUACAGAUGGCAUUUACUGGCCGGCUAUUCCAGCCGACAUCUCUUGAACGUCCUACCGGGUCACCGCGUUCAGAAGGUCGCGCUAGACAAGUGCAUAGCGGGUUUCAAACCCCAAGUACAUCACCUCCCCGGUCUGACUGGUCGCGAUUCAUACCUACUCGUCUACGCGGGCUGUCUUCUCGGACCCCCGAAAGAACCGGAGAAAGGUCAUUGUCAGAACCCGAGGCUGGGCCUUCGCAACCUAUGACCCCCGGCCAGCUUGAAGCUGGAACUUGA